CACCUGAUGCUCGUAGCCAUGAAGUGGCUCUUUGAGGAACACGACAUCGAUGGUCGAUUUUGUAUCAGUAUUCAUGACGAAGUACGUUACCUGGUGAACAGUGAAGAUCGUUAUCGAGCAGCACUGGCUCUUCAAAUCACCAACCUCCUCACAAGAAGCAUCUUUGCUCAUGCACUGGGCAUGCAGGACCUGCCCCAGUCUGUGGCCUUCUUCAGUGCAGUGGACAUCGACCAGUGUUUGAGAAAAGAGGUCACCAUGGACUGUGUGACUCCGUCCAACCCCACAGGUCUAGAACGAAGAUACAACCUGCCACAAGGAGAAGCUGUGGACAUCUAUGAAAUCAUUGAAGUAACAAAAGGCUCUCUGGCAAAAGGCAAAUGAGCUUAAAUAAACAGACUUAAUUGAAACUGGUGAAAUGUGAGGCCAGUGAGACGUUCAAGCAGGAAUCCACUAGAG